AUGUCCCAGUCCCUACGUCCCUAUUUGAAUGCUGUGCGCUACUCGUUGGAGGCAGCUUUGACACUAAGAAACUUCUCCUCGCAAGAGGUCGAAAGACACAACAGACCUGAAGUUGAGGUCCCUAAUACCAGUGCUGAACUGUUGUUACAACCUAUGCAUGUAUCCCGUAACGAGAAUGAACAGGUGCUGAUUGAGUCAAGUGUGAACUCCGUUAGGGUCUCUAUUAAAGUGAAACAAGCCGAUGAGAUCGAGCAGAUUUUAGUGCAUAAGUUUACCAGAUUUUUGGAACAACGUGCAGAGGCUUUCCAAAUCUUGAGAAGAGAGCCAAUCCAAGACUUCAGCAUCUCCUUUUUGAUCACCAACAAGCACACAGAGACCUUGAAGACAGAUAAACUAAUCGAUUUCAUCAUCGAGUUCAUGGAGGAAGUAGACAAGGAAAUUAGUGAAAUGAAAUUGUUCUUAAAUGCUAGAGCAAGAUUCGUGGCAGAAGCCUAUUUGGGUGAAUUUGUAUAUUGA